AUGGUGAACGGCCGCCGUGACAUGAUCAUUCCAGCUCCGCCUGUUGACCCUAUAUCAAGACCACAGUCUCCGCCGCCGCCCUCUUCUACAGUCCAGCCACCACCUCCACCACCAGACAAUAAUUCCGCCCCACCACCUCCACCGACCGCAUCCAAUAUCCCUCCGCCACCCCCAGAAGUUGUACCACCUCCGCCAGCAGGUGACUCAGACCAAGGCGCAGACGAGUUGAGACUACAACCUCCGACGAAAAAGGGAUGGGGCUCCGCCAAAUCUCAGAGGGCUACGCCUCUCAGCGUGGAAGAGCUACUGAGGAAGAAGAGAGAGGCCGACUUGGCUGCUAGUAAACCUAAAUUUCUGUCGAGGGCCGAGCGCGAGCGCAUCGCUUUGGAGAAGCGUGCGAAAGAAGUUGAAGCCGCAACCUCGUCCAAAACCCAGAACGGCUUUUCUCAAAAUGAUUCCCAAAAGGUUUCCACCAGCAUUGAACGACCCAAGUCGACUGCUGCGCCUACCGGACCUAAGGCACUUCGGAACGGAGAGGUACCCACGGGACCAGCAGCUAUGCGCUCUCGAGAUCAUAACCGAGAUGUUGAUCUUAAACCCCCGACAGCCCCUAAGGCGAUUGCUUUUGGCGGUGAUUCAAAGGCCCAGAAGCGGCAGGCAGACGAUGAUCGGAGUGCAAAUAAAGAGACGGAUCUCAUCCGCCAGAGAUACAUGGGUGCUGAGAUGAACGUGUCGACCUUCUCUGCCCUUAAAAAGAGACGGAGGACGACAGAGAAGAAAUUCAAUUUCGAAUGGAAUGCUGAGGAAGACACUACUCCCGAUUAUAAUCCCAUCUACAACAAUCGCGCGGAGACCAACUUCUUCGGCCGAGGUCGUUUGGGUGGUUUCGAUGAACAAGCGGCUGACGCUGCCGCGCAAAAAUAUGCUGCCGCAUUGCAGUCGAGAGAUUCCGAAGGUGGCUCUGCCCGUGCCCAGGAAAUCCUCGAGAUGGAGCGGAGGAGGAAAGAAGACUCCGGUCGUAUGGCUAUCGAUAAGCACUGGAGCGAAAAGAAACUUGAGCAUAUGCGUGAAAGAGACUGGCGUAUCUUCAAAGAAGACUUCAAUAUCGCCACAAAAGGCGGUGCUAUCCCUAAUCCUAUGCGGAACUGGAAAGAAUCCUCAUUACCACGAAAACUCCUGGAAAUCAUUGACGAGGUGGGUUACGUUGACCCUUCUCCUAUUCAGAGAGCUGCCAUUCCUAUCGCCCUUCAGAACAGGGAUCUCAUCGGGGUGGCAGUCACAGGUUCGGGUAAGACGGCUGCCUUUUUGCUACCUCUGCUGGUCUACAUAGCGGAGCUACCAAGACUUGACGAGGACGAAAUGCGCAAAGGCAAUGGUCCUUACGCCAUUAUUCUGGCACCCACUCGAGAACUGGCGCAACAAAUCGAAUUAGAAGCACGUAAAUUUGCCACGCCCUUGGGAUUCACAGUUGUCUCUAUUGUUGGUGGCCAUUCAAUCGAGGAACAAGCCUACAAUCUACGGAAUGGCGCUGAGAUAAUCAUUGCCACACCAGGCCGUCUUGUCGAUUGUAUUGAUCGGCGUAUCAUUGUUCUCGAACAGUGUUGUUAUGUCAUCAUGGACGAAGCAGAUCGAAUGAUUGAUCUAGGUUUCGAAGACCCCGUCAAUCGAAUCCUCGAUGCACUGCCUGUGGGCAACGAAAAACCAGAUUCGGAGGCCGCUGAAGAUUCUCGUGCUAUGUCACGUCACCUUGGAGGGAAAGACCGAUAUAGACAGACUAUGAUGUACACAGCCACUAUGCCUGUCGCAGUCGAACGCAUAGCACGCAAAUACCUCCGCCGCCCAGCGAUCGUCACAAUAGGCAAUAUUGGUGAAGCCGUCGACACAGUCGAACAACGUGUCGAAUUCGUCGCAGGCGAGGACAAACGCAAGAAACGCCUUGGGGAGAUCCUCUCCUCAGGCGACUUCCGCCCCCCAAUCAUCGUCUUCGUCAACAUCAAACGCAAUUGCGACGCCGUUGCGCGCGACAUCAAACACAUGGGCUUCUCCUCUGUCACACUGCACGGCUCCAAAACUCAAGAGCAGCGAGAAGCCGCUCUCCUCUCCGUGCGCGAAGGCAAAACCGACGUACUUGUCGCUACGGAUCUGGCUGGGCGAGGUAUCGACGUCCCCGACGUCAGCCUGGUCGUCAACUUCAACAUGGCCCACAACAUCGAGUCCUACACCCAUCGUAUCGGUCGAACAGGUCGUGCCGGCAAGAGCGGUGUGGCUCUCACCUUCCUGGGCAAUGAAGACGCCGACGUCAUGUAUGAUCUCAAACAGAUGUUGACCAAGAGCAGUAUCUCCCGUGUCCCUGAGGAAUUGAGGAAGCACGAGGCCGCACAGCAGAAGACCCAGCGUGGUGGAGGUGGUGGCGCCUCCAAGGGGUUUAAUAAAGGUGCUGGUGCUUCGGAUGAGUCUGGCGGCUUUGGCUCCUCGAAGGGCGGUCAUGGCCAUGGUCAUGGUGGGGGAGGAGGAGGUGGUGGUGGUGGUUGGUAG